AUGUCUCGCCGCCGCGGCGAGGUCGACGACGCCGCCAUCGCCGCCGACGCGCGCGCCGCCCUGCUCACGCUCAAGGACAACGGUCUGCUGCGCGGCGCCCUGCUGCUGGCGCUGCAGCUGUGGGCGCACCAGGCGGCGCCCGCGGCGGCGGGCGCGGACCCGCUGGCGCUGACGGAGGGUGACGUCAUCAAGAGGGUGCUGCCGGCGCUGUCGUCGGCGCAGAUGCACCAGCUGCGCCACUUCCUGCUGCUGGUGCUGUCGGCCUCAGUGGCAGACCUGCGCAUCGUCGCGACCGCCUGCGGCUGGUCCCACAUGCGCGGCUGGUUCGUGGCUGCAGACGCGGCCGGCAGUGCCGCCGCCCCCGCCGCGGCCGGCGCUGCGACGAAGCCCGGCGGCAAGGGCGGGCGGGACGCGGGCGGCGGCGGCGGCGGCGGGAGGGCCGCGGACUACUCGCUGCAGCUGUCGGAGGAUUUCUACAGAGCGGCGUGCGAGCAGCGCUCCCACCCGCCCAUCACCCCCUGCUGCGCGAAGCACGCCGCCGCGCACCGGGAGCUGCUGCUGCUGGGCCGCCCCGUGCCCUACGACAAGGUCGCGGCGGCGGACGAGUCGCCAGAGGACGUCGUGUGCGGGCAGAGCGAGUGUGGCGCGGCUGUGGCCGACGUCUUCGCAGGCGUCAGCGACGAGCAGGUGGGCGUGGUGUUGCGCGGCGCACGCCAGGGCGCGGCCUCGGGCCGGACCGGACCGGGAGGACGCCCACGGGGGCCCGCGCGGCAGGGCGGGGCGGGGCGGGGCGCGCGCUGCUCCCGCCUCCCCUCCCGCCCGCCGCCGGCCGUUCUGUUGUGCCGGCCUUCCAAGUUCCGGGUUAAGCCUCACACGGCUGCCUGA